UAAAAAAUUAAUGGAAAACCUGACAAUUAAACAAACCGGAAACGAAAACGAACAAAAUGGCUACCGUGACCUUCUUUGACAUUUGUUUGUUUACAUUAACACAAAAUGUAGAAUUUUCGGUCAAAUAUUAAUCUUUUGAAAUGGCAGACAGUCAAUUAUCAUGUGCUAGUUGUAGCACUGUACCGCCUGAACUUACCUGCCAUCAAGACCCAGACUUUCACGAAGAGUUAGAAUUAGUUGGUGAACUGUACUUUGACAAUAAUGAAAAUGACGGUUCUGAUGAUUGUGACUCUUGUUCUGAUAUUGAUAAUGAUUGCAACGAAAAUGUUAACUCUUUGAAUGAAAGUAAUUAUUUAGAUACAGAAGGCAUAAAGCAACAAUCUUUUAAAAUAAAUGGCUGUGGUUGUACCCGUCUGUACUCAAACAAACCAUGCAGCUCAGUUGUAAACUGGGGUACUCUUAUUUCGUACAGGCUUUCUUGUUUGGAAAAAUCAAAACAGGAACUAGAUUUGAUUGUAAAAUACCAAAUUUUCAAUCAUACGCAGAGUGGACCAGUAACAGUUGGAUUAAAAAGAAAAGCAGUGGAUAGAAAACGGCAAAGGCAGAAUUUUUACUUUGCUGGGCAAGUAGUUUGUCGCAAUACAUUUGCUUUCGCUCAUGGUGUGUCUAAAAACACAAUUAUUUCGAUUGGUAGCUCCAUUGAUGUAAACAGUCUUGAAGCCAGAGUACAUGGAAAUAACAAGAAACUGCCUAAACACACACUCAAGUUACAAGAUGUCCAGAUGGUAAAAACAUUUCUUGAAAAUUAUAGUAGCCAAAAUGGAAUGCCACUACCUGGACGAACACCACAGGCCAAUGAAAAGUGUAUCCUCCUUCCAUCAGACAAAAACAAAAGUGAUAUAUAUGAAUUGUAUUGUGGUGCACUUGACCGAACUGGCCAGAAACAAGUGGGGCCUUCCACUUUUAGGAAAAUAUGGUUAGAACAGUGUCCAUAUUUGUUGGUGAUGAAGCCUGCCACUGAUCUGUGUUUAAAAUGUCAAAAACAUGUAGAAAACAUUACAAAGUCUGGUAACAUCACAGAAGAAGAGAAACAAAUUAAAUUAGAAAAUUAUCAAAAACAUUUAGAGAAAGUAAAAUGCCAGAGAGAUCAUUACAGGGAGCAAUGUGAGAGGACAAAGCUUGAGUUUGAUCAAUUUUCAGAUGCAAAUAAAAAAAGAGGACAAAGAUCAAAAGCCACAGAUGCCACGGUCCACUACAGCUUCGACUACAGCCAACAGGUGUUCUAUCCUCAACAGGCACAGGCAGUGGGUCCGAUGUACUUUAAAACUCCUCGAAAAUGUCAAUGCUUUGGGGUGUGCUGUGAGUCUUCAGGUAAAUAAAAAU